AUGGCUUGCAUUAGGCAGAUAUUUCUAUUUGCCAACAUUGUGGCUUUUCAUUUAGUAACUAUGCAGGCCAAAUCCUCAUUCAAAUUCACCAACAUUAACUGCUCAGACCAGGAUAUUAAGUUUUCCCAUUUUGAAAUAUGCCGACUUAAGGUGAUAGGGCGUGGUGUGGUCUCUCUUAACAUUAAAGCGGAAUUAUACAAAACUCCUGUAACAAACUCGACGAUAAUAAUGGCUCUGUAUAAAAAAUCCAAUGGGUUUCAGCCCUAUCUCUACAACUAUACCAUAGACGUUUGUGCCUUCUUUGAAAACCGCAAAAGAUAUCCGGUGGUAAAAAUGAUCUUUGCUUACAAUGAUGCCAUUGUGGUCAAGGAUCUGGUGCUUAACGAGGAUAUGUUUCGUUUUUUACCAUUACCCGCUGCUGAAUAUGUGUUUAAGAUGAAAGUGUUUGCCUAUAAUGAUCUCAAGUCUACAGUGGAAGUAAGGUUUCAUCGUCAAGAUUCAUUAAUGCCUUAA